CAGAUUCUUCGGGUUGGGCGGGUUGGGCGGGUUGGGUGAGAGAGUCUAAGGGUCCAGCCCCGCCCGCAAAGCCGAUCUCCGACCCCGCAAGCAAGCGCGGGGUAUCCGCUCAGGGCUCAGAGCCAGAAGAGACGGAUCAGGACCCAGCCGGCUCAUCACGCCAUGGCUCCCACGGAGCUCCUGGCGACCGGCGCUUCCUUCGCCGCGUUCCGGGGUCUGCACUGGGGGCUGAAGCUGCUGCCCGCGCCGGGAUCCACCGCCCAGGACCGCUGGAAGUGGCGGAACAGAUGUGUCUCCCUGCUGCACAGCCUGCUCACCGGGGCCGGCUCGCUGCUGGGGCUGUCGCUGUACCCUCAGAUGGCCUCAGACCCAGUGCAUGGCCACCCAUUUUGGGCCCUGGUCCUGGUGGCAGUGUCUGUGGGGUAUUUCCUGGCGGAUGGAACUGAUCUGCUGUGGAACCAAACCUUGGGCCAGACGUGGGAGCUUCUCUGUCAUCAUCUGGCGGUGGUGUGCUGCUUCGGUUUUGUUGUUCUGUCUGGCCACUAUGUGGGCUUCUCUGUGGUGUCUCUGCUGGUAGAAGUGAACUCCAUCUGCUUGCACCUGCGGAUUCUGCUGCUGACUUCUCACCAGGCCCCCUCCGUGGCCUUCAGUGUGACCAGUUUGGCCAGCCUGGGCACUCUGGUCCUCUUCCGUCUGAUACCACUGGGAUGGAUGAGUCUGUGGAUACUUCGACAGCACCGCCAGAUGCCCCCUGCUCUGAUCAUUCUCGGUGGGUCUGGGCUGUUCAUUGUGAGUGCCAUUUCCAUCAAAAUAGGUCUCCAGAUUCUGAUCAGUGAUGUUCUUCAGCCCCGGCCCCACCCAUCCAUGAGACACAAGGAGACCGGGGGGACCAGGACAUGCUGUGAUGAGCCUACUGCCGGGGAUGGUUCCACUCUGAACUUGAAACACUAGAGAGAAGCGGCAGACUCGUCUUCUGCCAGCUCUGUGGAGGGGGACUAGAAGAUGGUGGGCUUCACUGUCCAGUCUCUCGCGGGGUGAAUGGCUGGACUGGAUUAUCAGUAUCUCAGGUCCUCUCCUCCUACCCUCUUCUUUUUUUUCCUACCCUCUUCUUAGGAGCUAAGAAGACAUGCUGACGCGGGUGGCUGGGUGGGAACCUAGAUUACUGUUCACUAAAAUCUAUCAUCGUAUGACCACUCUUUCCAGAAAGAGAACUCAAGAGGUACAGCCAGAGUUCUCAAUAAAGAGUAGCAGGAAGUGUGGAGCUGGAAGAAACUGCCAGUGACAACAGAAACCCCUUGCUCCCGCACAGGGACAGAUGAAAAUCAGAGAGACCUGGCAUGGAGGGGACAGGGCCAGAGGGGAAGGGAGACCUCACUUAUGACCAAAUUUUGGCAGUGGAGAGGAGGGCACAAGAGAUAUGAUCUGGCCAGGCAUAGUGGUGCACAUCCCAGUGGUGCUGUAAUCCCAGCAAUCAGGAGGCUGAGGCAGGAGAGUGUU